AUGAAUUCCGGAGGAGGAAUCGUAGCUGCAGCAGCUCCUUCAAGCGGCGGUGGAAACGUGGAGUGGCAUGUCCGACCACCGAACCCUAAAAACCCAGUUGUCUUCUUCGAUGUCUCUAUUGGUGGNAUUCCCGCCGGUCGGAUCAAGAUGGAGCUCUUCGCNGACAUUGCUCCCAAAACCGCUGAAAACUUCAGGCAGUUCUGUACUGGUGAACACAGAAAGGUUGGAAAGCCUCUUGGUUACAAAGAAUGUCAGUUUCACAGGGUUAUCAAGGAUUUCAUGAUUCAAAGUGGUGACUUCAUAAAGAAUGAUGGAAGUGGAUGCAUGUCAAUAUAUGGCCACAAGUUCGAUGAUGAAAAUUUUACUGCCAAACAUACUGGACCAGGACUGCUCUCAAUGGCAAAUAGUGGGCCAAACACAAAUGGGUGCCAGUUCUUCAUCAGUUGUUCAAAAUGCGAGUGGCUUGACAACAAGCAUGUUGUCUUUGGGAGAGUGCUUGGAGAUGGUUUAUUGGUGGUGCGGAAGAUUGAGAACGUGGCUGUUGGACCUACUAACAACCGGCCUAAGCUUGCCGUCGUAAUUACAGAAUGUGGGGAGAUGUGA